UCGCCUCAGUCUCCUCUAUCCUCUCCCUGAUGAGAGGACCAGUGGAGGCACCUCUCGGAGUCUUAGACUUAAGAGUCUGAGACUUAGCGAGAGGGGCCCAGAGGAGACAACCCUUCUCUGUCCUUUACCUAUCCCUUUCUUUUACUUACAGACGCAAGCUGAGGCGCGGAGCUGUAGAAAGUUCGUAGUGGUCGGGAAGCUGUUCUUGCGCAGUGGGGCCACUCUCUGCAGAGCCAGAGGGUGAGUCGGCUUCCCAUUGAUCACCUAGGAGAAUGGAUCGCAGGUCCCGGGCUCAGCAGUGGCGCCGAGCUCGCCAUAAUUACAACGACCUGUGCCCGCCCAUCGGCCGCCGGGCCGCCACCGCGCUCCUCUGGCUCUCCUGCUCCAUCGCUCUCCUCCGCGCCCUAGCCACUUCCAACGCCCGUGCCCAGCAGCGUGCUGCCCAGCGUCGGAGCUUCCUCAACGCCCACCACCGCUCCGCCGCUGCCGCCGCUGCUGCGCAGGUACUCCCCGAGUCCCCUGAAUCCGAGUCUGACCACGAGCACGAGGAGCCAGCGCCUGAGCUAGCCCGCCCUGAGUGCCUGGAGUACCCUGACACUGACUACGAGACCGAUUCGGAGACCGAGUCCGAGACCGAGUCCGAGACCGAGACUGAGACGGAGACUGAGACGGAGACCGAGUCGGAGACCGAGUCGGAAACUGAGUCCGAGUCUGAUAUCGAGUCCGAGUCCGAAUUAGAGAGCGAAUCUGAUACCGCCCCCGCAACUGAGCCUGAGACCGAGCCCGAGGACGAACGCGGCCCCCGGGGUGCCACCUUCAACCAGUCUCUCACCCAGCGUCUGCACGCUCUGAAGUUGCAGAGCGCCGACGCCUCCCAGAGUCGUUCGCAGCCCACCACUCAGGAGCCCGAGAGCGCAAGCGAGGGGGAGGAGCCCCAGCGCGAGCCCUUAGACGAGGAUCCUCGGGACCCCGAGGAGUCAGAGGAACGCAAGGAGGAGGAGGCCAGGCAGCCCCGCCGCUGCAAGACCAGGAAGCCCGCCCGCCGCCGCGACCAGUCCCCGGAGUCCCCUCCCAGAAAGGGGCCCAUCCCCAUCCGGCGUCACUAAUGGGUGACUCCGUCCAGAUUCUCCUUGUUUUCAUGGAUAAAGGUGCUGGAGAGUCUGGCAAGAGCACGAUUGUGAAGCAGAUGAGGAUCCUGCAUGUUAAUGGUUUUAAUGGAGAGGGCGGCGAAGAGGACCCGCAGGCUGCAAGGAGCAACAGCGAUGGUGAGAAGGCCACCAAAGUGCAGGACAUCAAAAACAACCUGAAGGAGGCCAUUGAAACCAUUGUGGCCGCCAUGAGCAACCUGGUACCCCCUGUGGAGCUGGCCAACCCUGAGAAUCAAUUCCGCGUCGACUACAUUCUGAGCGUGAUGAAC